CUUAUCCUUAAAAUCAUCAAUUCUCAAACAAUACCUUAACACCAUGAAAAAAACACCACUUCCUUCAAAUUUCCCACUUUCCGGAAAACCCAAAGUUUCAAUCUUUUCUUCUCUCAUUUCUGAUUAACUUCCCAAAAUCACUUUUUUAAGCCAUGGCUGCAAAGAAAGCCAUUGAAACAUUCUCAAAAAGCUUGGUGGAAGAUGUGCACAAAUGGGGUUGUUUCAAACAGACAGGUGUGAGUUUAAGGUACAUGAUGGAGUUUGGCUCAAAUCCCAGUGACAAGAAUUUGCUGAUUUCUGCACAGUUUCUUCAUAAGGAACUUGCUAUCAGGAUUGCUAGAAGAGCUAUUGAGCUUGAGAAUCUUCCUUGUGGUUUGUCUCACAAACCUGCUAUCUUGAAGGUUAGGGAUUGGUAUUGGGAUUCCUUUCGCGAUAUUCGAUCGUUCUCCGAGAUCAAGAAUAUGAAUGAUGAAAAAGAGUUCACUGAAGUGAUAAAGGCCAUAAAAGUGAGACACAACAAUGUGGUGCCUACAAUGGCCUUGGGAGUUCAGCAAUUGAAGAAAGAUUUAAAUCCAAAGAUUUAUAACGAUGAUAUCGUCGAGAUUCAUAAGUUCCUUGAUCGUUUUUACAUGUCGCGAAUUGGAAUCCGAAUGCUCAUAGGGCAGCACGUUGAAUUGCACAAUCCGAAUCCGAAUCCGAAUGUCGUAGGUUAUAUCGACACGAGAAUGUCUCCGGUGGAGGUAGCGAGAAAUGCUAGUGACGAUGCACGCGCUAUAUGCUGUCGUGAAUAUGGAAGUGCCCCCGAUGUUCAUAUUUACGGCGAUCCUGAUUUUACUUUUCCGUAUGUUCCGGCUCACUUGCAUCUUAUGGUGUUCGAGUUGGUUAAGAACUCGCUGCGUGCUGUCGAAGAGCGUUACAUGAAUUCCGACAAAGUUUCACCUCCGAUAAGAAUAAUAGUUGCUGAUGGAUUGGAGGAUGUUACCAUAAAGAUCUCAGACGAGGGAGGCGGAAUACCGAGAAGCGGUCUGCGGAAGAUUUUUACGUAUCUGUAUAGUACUGCUAGAAAUCCAUUGGAUGAGCAUACUGAUCUUGGAGUAGGUGAUAAUGUGACAAUGGCUGGAUACGGAUUCGGUCUUCCUAUUAGUCGUUUGUAUGCUCGGUAUUUCGGCGGCGAUCUUCAAAUAAUCUCUAUGGAAGGAUAUGGGACUGAUGCAUAUCUGCAUCUAUCUCGUUUGGGAGAUUCACAAGAACCUUUGCCAUGAAAUUAAGUCAUUAGUUUUCUGUGACUUACAAGAAUCAUGGUAUGCAACAUUAAAGAAACAUUGUUGAAACACAUAAAAAAAGAAGUAAAUGUGCUGUCAUUUUUUCUAUAUUAUAUAAUUACUUGAGAAAUCUGUUGUAAAUAUUUCAUACAUAAGGUUGUUUAUUAUGGUAAUGGUCCUUUCUUGGCCUUUCAGUGAAAGGUUUGUGAAUUUGUCCCUUUGUGAUUGUUUUGAAUGAAUAAGGAAAUUGAUUUGUUUGGAAGGCCAUUUUUGUGUGGUCCUUGGAAAAUUCUAAUCCAAACCAAUGGGCACUAUUGAAGUGAGAUUAUGAAAGGAUUUAAAUUUCAUACUC